GAGCGCAGUCACACCUCCUCGCACCUCCAUAGCUUGUGCUCCGCUAGGAGAAGCGGGUUUUUAUUUUUAGGCAGACUGCUCACUCACUUCUUUCUGCAAGCCCCCCCCAGCAGUCCUUCGCGCAGGGGACCAAACGGACAGGAUGGCGGGGGACGGGGCCACGAUCAAGAGCCGCAUCCGGAAUCUGCUGCUGCGGUCCCCGUCAGCCAAGCAGAGGAAGAGCCGGGAGAGCCUCGGCAGACAGGUGACUUUGGAGAAGGUUCUCGGAAUCACAGCUUCAGGAAACAGCGGCCUGACCUGCGACCCCCGAUCCGGACUAGUCGCGUAUCCUGCAGGGUGUGUGGUGGUUUUGCUGAACCCCAAAAAGAAGAGACAGCAGCACAUUAUCAACACGUCAAGAAAGACCAUCACGUCUCUGGCCUUCUCGCCGGACGGCAAGUACCUGGUCACAGGAGAGAGCGGACACCUGCCGGCGGUGAGACUUUGGGACGUGGCGGAGCGACGGCAGGUGGCGGAGCUCCAGGAGCACAAAUACGGCGUCUCCUGCGUGGCGUUCUCCCCCGACAGCAAGUUCAUUGUCAGCGUGGGGAACCAGCACGACAUGAUGGUCAACGUCUGGGUGUGGAAGAAAGACGUUGUCGUGGCUGCCAACAAGGUGUCCAGUAGGGUGACAGGUGUGUCUUUCUCCGAGGACAGCUCCUACUUCGUAACCGUGGGGAACAGACACGUCAAGUUCUGGUAUCUGGACCACUGCACGGCCAGCAAGGCCAGCGCUCCCGUCCCGCUGCUGGGCCGCUCGGGCCUGCUGGGGGAGCUGAGGAACAACUUCUUCUGCGAUGUGGCCUGUGGGCGGGGCUCCACCUCUGACUCCACCUUCUGCAUCACCUCCUCCGGCCUGCUGUGCGAGUUCAACUGCGAGAGGAUGCUGGACAAGUGGGUGGACCUGCGGACGAGCGCGGCCCAGUCUCUGUCUCUGUCCGAGGACACCGUCUUCUGCGGCUGCGCCGACGGGACGGUGCGGGCCUUCGGCAGCGCCGACCUCCGCUUCGCCGGCACGCUGCCGCGGCCGCACCCGCUCGGCUGCGACGUUGCGGCCAUCACGGAGCCCGGCCACUUGUUCUCCGCCAAGACGGACGGCCGUUACCCGGACGCCGUGGCGGUGACCUUCGACCCCGUCAGCCAGUGGCUCAGCUGCGUCUACAGCGACCACAGUCUGUACGUGUGGGACGUGAGCGACGUCGACAGGGUGGGGAAGGUGCACUCGGCCCUCUUCCACGCCGCCUGCGUCGGGGACCUGGAGAUGUUCCCAGAUGUUCCCGGAGAAUUCGGAGCCGGUUUGUCCACUGGUGCCUUCCUCAGCUGCUCAGCUGACAACACCAUCAGACUGUGGCGCGCGGACGACGGGACGCGAGCUCCUUUUCGCUCGCACAACGUCCUCAGCAGUGAUCUCCUGAACGUGAUCUACGUGGACGGGAACACCGGCGCCUUGCAGGAUCCAGAAUGCCUGACCAACACGGGCGCGGACAAACAAGGGGACGGACAGACGGCGGAAAGCAGGAGCGCCAUCAGGACCAUCAGCGUCAGUCCAGACGGAAAACACCUGGCGUCCGGGGAUCGCAGCGGCACGCUGAGGGUUCACGAUCUCAGGAGCCUGGAGGAGAUUCUGAGGGUGGAGUCCCACGACGCCGAGAUCCUCUGCCUGGAAUUCAGCAGACCGGAAACGGGUGUGAAGCUGCUGGCCACAGCCGGCAGGGACCGCCUGAUCCACGUCUUGGACGCCGAGGAGGACUACGCUCUGCUGCAGACUCUCGACGAGCACUCCGCGUCCAUAACAGCCGUCCGCUUUGCCGCCAAUGACAACAAGGUGAGGCUGAUCAGCUGUGGAGCGGACAAGAGCAUCUAUUUCCGCACAGCACUCAAGACCGAGAGAGGAACGGAGUUCAGGCGCUCCCACCACACGGUGAGGAAGAGCACGCCGUGCGACAUGGAUGUAGACCCCACCUGCAAGUACGCCGCUGUCGGCUGUCAGGACCGCUACAUCAGGGUUUUCAACAUCAGCAGUGGCAAGCAGAAGAAGAUCUACAAGGGCUCGCUGAGUGAGGACGGGAGUCUGCUCAGGGUUCAGCUUGAUCCGUCGGGUCAAUACGUGGCCACCAGCUGCUCCGAUAAGAACAUCAGCAUCUUUGACUUCCACACCGGGGAGUGUGUGGCCACCAUGGACGGGCACUCGGAGAUCGUCACUGGGAUGAAGUUCACCAACGACUGCAAGCACCUGAUUUCCGUGUCCGGGGACAGCUGUAUCUUUGUGUGGCGACUGGCUCCAGAGCUCACAGCCCGCAUGGGCGAGAGGCUCCGUGAGCUCCGACAGCACCCGAACGCACCGCCCUGCAGGGCCGCCGGUCUCAGGCGGGAGGCGCGCGCCGCCUCGUCCUCCGACAGCGACCUCGAGCGAGAGGAAGACGGAGCGGAGGACGACGAGGACGCCGCCGAGGACGCCGACCGACCGGAAGGGACCGCGAGCGACGCUUCCUCCGACAGCAGCCGCGGGGAGGAGGACGCAGGUGGAUCAGAUGAAGGCCAGAACUGGGAGCUGACAAAGCACCCAUCCGUCAGCCAGGACCCACCGGACUCCUCCAAGCGCCCUCGGAGGCGCUGGUCUCAUCGCAUGGGCCCCCUGGAGCUGAUGGUGAAAUCCAUGCUGGACCUGAGGCAGCUGGAGACCUUUGCGCCCAAGAAAAGCCCCAGAGAGGGACUGAGCACGUGCAGCCUGCCGCGCCCGGAGGAGCGAGCCGCCAGGCGUCGGGCCCGGCCGCGUGCCGACUGGACGUCCUCGCGCCCGUCCGGGGGCGGCGGCGGCUGGGGCGCAGACGUGCUGUACCCCGAGGAGGGCGAGCGCCACUCAGCGAGUCAGCGGGGCGGCGAUUACGCGGUGAAGGAGCAGCGCUGCAGGAUGCGAGGGAGCCGCAGCGAGGGCCAGGAAAGCCGCAGCCCGGACAGCGCCUGCUCGCUGGGCUACGGCAGCAGGGACUCCAGCGCCGACCGGCUCCCGCGCGGCCGUGCGGACGCGGAGUCCCUGAGCCCCGGCAGCUCCGACCAGGAGCCCGACGAGAGGGAGGAAGUGACGAGCAUGGAGCGCGCUCUGAGGACAGUCACCGACGCCGCAGGCGACGACGACGGGGAGGAAGAUCUCCUCAGGCAGAGCGCCGAGACGCCGAAUGAGGGGUGCAGCGCGGCCGAGCGGAGCAGGGUCCCUCGGCUCAGCAUGUCUUCACGCUUCCUGGCCCGAGGACACAAUGACAGGGGCAUGCCUGUUUUCGCCAAAGUGGCCGUGAAGGAGCAAUGCAGCCGCUCGGCUAAGCCCCCCGUGUCAAAGGUACGGCCCUUGAUGGAAGACAAUCAGAGCGGAAACGCGGCGGACGGGUUCCCGGUGUCGCCGGGCCGAGUCGAAGGGCCAAACAGGCGAGAUGCUGCGGACUGUGCUGCCGCGAAGAAGGGGAAGACGACACGGACCCACCUGUGGAGGACGUCCAACCCGCCGCCCAAAGCACCGCUGUCCAAAUAUCACUCUGUCCAGAACCUGUCCUCAGAAUCUCUCCACUCCUCCGUGACCUCCGUGACCUCCGGUGACCGGAGGGAAACUCGCAAGAGACCUCAGCAGCUUUCCCUGUACCACGACACCGCCAACCCCUCCUUCCACUUCUCCUCGCCCUCCACCGGGUCCUCCCAGUCCCCCGACUCCCCCCCGCCGUGGGAGAGCCCCAAGCUGCGGCCCCACUCCUACAUGAACCCCACGGCCAGCUCCAUGGCCAAAAGCAGCCGCUCCGCCUCGCUGGCGGACGCCGCGCAGCCGGGGUCUCCGCCCAGCUCGCCGCUCUCCCCCCGGGACGGGAGGUCGCCGGGGGAGCCGGAGGUCGAGCCGGCCCCCCUCGCCUCGCUCGCCUUGUCGUCACGUCCCGCGGCCGCAGUCUCCCCCCCGCAGGGCGUCCCGCCCUCCCGCAUCCCGCUGCCCAGGCAGCAGCUCAGCCCUCGCCGCAGCCUCUGCCUGGAGGAGGUGGCGGCGAGCUCAGGUCGCCCCGGCAGUGGGCAGGCGGGGUGUUCCGACCCCCCCGUGGACGCCGCGGCCCCCGCGCCGGGGAACAGAGCAGCGGGCAGGCAUCGCUCUUUGGAUGCGUCUUUCCCGAGCUCGCUCCCCGUGAGGCAGAAGGGAGACUCGCUCUCAGACAGUGCCGGAGCCAAAGAGUGCCCUCUGCUGCCCGAACUGACGCGCGCAUCCGGCGGCGCCGCGCCCAACCCGUCCGUCGCUGCCGUCUCCCCCCUCCCCCGUCGCCGCGCCUGUCAACCGGCACGUCUGUCUCCUGUCCCCGCCUCGGCCCCCGGGGCCUCCCACUCGGAGGACGUGGAUCCCUCCAUCACCGUGGAAACUUGUCGGCAGGCUGUUACGGAGCUUCGCAACAGUCUGAAGAAAACCGCAAUGUUCUACUCUACGGUCCUUCAAAGCGACCGGCGGCUCGGCGAGGACCAGCAGGAGAUGAGGAGCAUCCUGUCCGAGGCCCUGGUCGCGGUCAAGGCCGAGCUGGACUCUCUGCCUCACCCGGCCCGGGCGGACCCCGGGGUCCAAGGUGAAGGGGAAAAGACCCGGGCUCUGCUGGAGCAGUACGCUGAGCUACUGCUGAGGUCUGUGGAGAGGAGACUAGAGAGCAAGACCUGAUUCAUUCUAUGCACACACACACACACACACACACACACACACACAGCAUCACUGGGCGUGUUGUCUGCACGGAGAACUUAAUUCGCGGACUGAAUGGAGAGAAGCUGUGAAAGAAAUGAAUGCUGAGCGUUAAGCACUGAAAACCAGGUUGCCUUAUUGUUUUUUGUGUUGUCACUGCUCUUCUUGGUCUGUUUUUUUUCCCCUUUUUAAAAUCACCUUUUCGUGAAGGUAAAAACUCAUAAUUGUUAUGAGGGGAGACACCAGAAGGUCGAAUGAUGAAGUUACACCGACAGGAAUUCCAAAUAGCCAGUAGUGCGGCUCUGAGGACAAAAAUGCUAAAUAUGUCCUUCGGGUGCAGAAAGUCACAUUUUUAUGGUCUUGGGUGUUUUAUAUUUUUUUACAAUUUAAUACUUUUGAAUAUAAUCUGAAUUGUACAAAUGGUGUCUCCCUAAUUGCAGAUUAUUUUAGCUGGAGCUAUUUCCGUUAUGUGUAUAUAAUUACUAGUCUUUUUUUAAUCUUUCUUGUAUGUUUCUCUAUCUUUUCGUAGUGAUGAUUUAAAUGUUCAAGUCAAGAGUUUAUUUUUCCAUAAACAAUGAAAACAUUCAACCAGAUA